AUGAAAAGAAGCACGGAUCUCCAAAGCAUGAAGAAAAAAGAAUCAGUUCCUAUUGAAAAGCUGAGCAUUCCCAGUCUCAUGCUUAGAUAUCUUAGACAAUGGGCGCUGCUGUGGUACUACAGGUACUCUGUGGAAAUAGGCAUAUCGGUGCUGGACGGGUGGGAGGCUUUCAUUGUCAAUUCAGUCUUUCUGCUCCUGCUCGUUAGCAUUAUAAAACAGGUGCUUAAAGGGCUAAACAUGUUCACAUCGCACAUAUACACGAGUUUGAAGUGA